UUUACCGUACCCGCCAAAUUUCCAAUUCCCUCUCCCUCCAAAUGUCACACUCAGUAGAAGAGCAACUCUCCCUCUUUCGUUACCUCCUCCAAACCAGAAGUUUCAACGAAUCCACGCUCCGAUUUCUGGAUUCGCUUUUGGUCUCCAAAGAUGUGAAAUCGUUGAUCGAAACUCGAUCCAGCUUGAAGCAGCUCCUCAAAUCUGAAUCAAUGUCCAUUAUUCAUUCAAUCGCCGCAGAAUCCGUCCACGAUAAGCUCGUCGUUCUCGAUUUCUUCGUCCACGCUUUAGCUCUUGUUGGAGAUCUAGAGAGUUGUUUGGCUCUGAGAUACGAGGCUUUGGUUAUGCGAGAUCUCAAAUCUGCAAGUUUUCAUUUGCUUCAAGUUUCGCCAGUAGAAUGGUUGAAUUUUGUGGAGGAUGCUGUGAACAACGGUUUUCACUCCGUUGCAGUGAAGGCAUGUGAAAAUGCAUUGCGGUGCAUUGAAAAUAACGAUGUGCAAAAGCUUGGAAGAGACAUGCUUCCUGAAAAUUUGAAGGCUACUACUAUCAGCGAGAUUACUAGGCUCAGGAACUUUGCACUGACAUCAGUUUCUUCACGUUCUGUUCAGGUGCAAGCAACAGAGUACCUAGAAAGGAAAACAAGAGAGCAGCAAAAGUUGAACUUACCAUUCAAAGAAAAACGAUGUCUAGCAAGCACUUCUUUCAGAAAUGGAAUUAAAAGACAAAAUAUGCGAAAGUUACAUGAACGACAAGGCCUUUUGCAGGUGAAUGGUGUACUACCUGAACGGCAUCCCAAUUUGAGUUAGGUUGGUUUAGGAGGAGGAACACAAAGACUUAAGUGGUAAAGAGGUUACAGGUUCAGCUCCUUUUACCUACUAUUUGUAUUAUCAGUUAGAAAAACUGUGAUUUGCCCGUUUUGUGGACAGAAAUUGCAAAUCUGAGUUUCUUUUAUCAAGAUCAACAGCUUUUUAAUUUUUUCCGAUAAAAAAAGCUAUCUCACUUGAUUCAUUAAUCCUCGUUGUUAAGCAAGCUCUUUUGAUUGUUUUGACUAGAAGUUCUUUUGAUAACAAAACCUUGGAAUGGCAAGUCUUAAGAUCUGUAUCUUAGUAAUGCUAAAAUUCAUCUUGAGUUUGACAGUUUUUCAGAUAUUUAGGAAAAUAUAGAAGGGAAUACAGUCAUUUUCAUCGUUAAAUGUGUGAGCUAUGGUCAAUAUAUUUUGUAAUUUGUGAGGCUAAAUUGAUCAAUCAAAAAUAGAUUUGGGAUUCAAACAAAUCAAAGAAAGACAAUUUAAGGAUAGAUCUCCUCCAUGAAAAAUAUACUUAAAUUUUAUUUUUAUAAUUUUUAUACACUCACAAACUAUAAAAUGGUUGACUAUUUAAUUAUUGUUACUUCUCACACACACAUAUGUACCAUUUAGACAUACAUCAUUGUAGAUAUAGUCAAUAGCAUGCAGAGAUCAAGCUAUCAAGAAAAAGUUCAUGUUCUUGACUUCUCCUAAUAGACUUGGAUCCUCUAGAGUUACAUUUUGAAAAUGAAUUGUUUUGAAAUCG